AUGUUUACAACGUUUAAAGAGAAGCUAAACAACGAAAUUACGGUGGUCAACAGCGAAGUUCAAUGUAUCAAAAAUCCAGCAGCAGUGGUGUUUGCAGACCAAAAACAUAACGCAAAAAAGAAACUAUCCUUCAACAAGCUGUCUAAGAAAAAAACAGGUGGAGGACCGUACGAGAAAUUAUUAUUAUCACCAGCAGAGGAACAAAUUGUUCAAUCUGCAGGAAUUGAGGCUGCUGUUGAAGGCGUGUCUACUAUUAAAUCCUUCGGUACACCAAAAUGCGCCAGUGAGACAAUUCCAAAUGAGGAACAAAGUUUAAGAGCUUUAUUAGAAAAUGAUGACAGUAUAGAAGUUGACGAUGAGAAAUGUGUGGAAAAGAGUGAAUAUUCUCAGGAAUCGGAAGAUAAAGAAAAUCAGCCAUCAAGAAUAAAGAAAGGAAAUUCUAAGUCUGAAACGAAAUUGAAUCUCUUAAUUUCAAAUCUUUCUAACGCUGAAAAAUACCAUUUUGAUUUAAGUUCAAAACUAGAUCACCUUAUAAAACUAAAAGAAAAAUCGCUCAAAAUAAAAGAGGAAGAGCACUCUGCUAACAUGGCAAUAAAAAACCUUGAUAUCCAAAUUAAAACUAUUAAACUUGAAUUGCUAAAAAAGAAACAGUGAGAAUUUCAAGAAUAUAUGUAUUAAAAAGUUUAAUAGUUUAUACAAGAAAGUACAAAUAAUUUUAGUUCUUUUUCUGUAACUUUUUUAUAAUUAAAUUUU